UGAGCAGAAGCUGCUGGAGGCCUUACCAGUUUCUCGGUAUGCUUUAUGAUGAGGCUCUUGAGUGAGCUAUGCAGUGCGAUGGAAGGAAAAUUGGGAAAGCACUUUGAAGAAUCGCUUGUUUCCUGCAUGUCUGGCAGCUAGGAAAAACAUGCCUGAGAGGAAAAAGCCCGUUAAGUGCUGAGGAUGUCUGCUGCUUUCUUGGCAAGGAAAAUGUCCGACACAAUGAAGCCACUCUAUGGCGUGCUUCAGUAUAAUCAGAAUAUGAUUGGACUGGAAUCUUUACCUGAUCCCACAAAUACCUGGGAAAUUAUUGAGACUAUUGGAAAAGGAACAUAUGGUAAAGUCUAUAAGGUUACUAAUAAGAAGGAUAGCAGCCUGGCAGCAGUGAAGAUUCUAGAUUCUAUUAAUGACAUGGACGAGGAGAUUGAAGCAGAGUAUAAUAUCUUACAGUUUCUUCCUAAUCAUCCCAAUGUGGUUAAAUUUUAUGGAAUGUUUUACAAAGCAGAUCGAUAUGUGGGUGGACAGCUCUGGCUUGUUCUUGAGCUGUGUAAUGGAGGCUCUGUCACAGACCUUGUCAAAGGCCUACUGAAGAAUGGCCAAAAGUUGGAUGAAGCAAUAAUCUCAUACAUCUUAAGAGGUGCCCUUUUGGGUCUUCAACAUUUGCACAACAAUCGCAUCAUUCAUCGUGAUGUCAAGGGGAACAACAUUCUGCUGACAAUGGAAGGAGGAGUCAAGCUUGUUGACUUUGGUGUUUCUGCACAGCUCACCAGUACCAGGCUGAGGAGAAACACUUCAGUUGGGACACCAUUUUGGAUGGCUCCUGAGGUCAUUGCUUGUGAACAACAAUAUGACUAUUCUUAUGAUGCCCGUUGUGAUGUGUGGUCUCUUGGGAUCACGGCUAUUGAACUUGGUGACGGAGAUCCACCUUUGUUUGACAUGCAUCCUGUGAAGACCCUUUUUAAGAUCCCAAGGUAGGGCACUAGGUGGCUCUCUUAGCUUACUGGAUCUUGCUUAGGCUGACAACAGCAAUUCAACAGUGAAAAUACCUAUUUGGUGCAUCAUUACAUCUUACAUUACGUUAAUUGAAAGAUAUGUGGAAAUGAAUGCUACUGUGGAGGAGGUCUGCCUAUAAACAGUGAGAUUUUUUAGAAAAAGAAUAUUUGGAUUUUUACUAUUGAGUUUUUUUUUAAAAAAUAUGAUUUGCUUAUUUAGCUUUUGUAAACCACUUUUCAUUUCAAAAAUAAUUUGUUUCCCAACAAGGGCAGAUUAUUCUCUAGAAACACAAUGUUUUAAUGGGCUAUUUUCUGAAAGAAGAAAGUUUGAAUGGUUCAAAUAGAAGCUGUUAAGUAUGCCGGAUCAGCAGCAUCUAUUGUUUCUAUCUUGUUUCUUUUAUUUUCAUGCAGAAAAUAAGAUAUUAUAUUCUAAGCAUACUUGAAACUACAAGGAACCUAUACUUUUUUCCAUAAGAUUUUUUUAGUCUGCUUCUCCUAGCAGGAAGCAAAAGACAAGGCAUUACAAUUGUGAAGUAUGAAUUAAUUGCUGGACUUUUAUAACAAACAGCCUUUCUGAAGCAUUUGCUUUGAACUGAUUGUCAGUUGGUAUAGUCUGUCACUUUGUAUUCCGCUUUCAGAAGAAAAGAUACCCACGGGCAAUUAGAAAAUUAAAACCUUAGACAAUGGGAA